AUGGCAACAAGGAAACUACUUAAGGAGAUGGUGCUCAGCAGUCAGGCAGCGGAAGCGUCAAUUGCUUCUAUCAUCACCAGUGAGUCUCAGGCUCUCCCUCUGCUGCAAUCUUUGCUUCAUCAUCGCACCAUGGCUCCCAGGGGUCGCUCGGCGAAGGCUUCAGCUGACGCUCCUCCUCCUGACGCCAACCAGCCUGAGGUCGAUCAGCCUGUCGUCGACCAGUCUGAUGUCAACCAACUUGUUCCUGAAAGGGAGCCUGCGGACAAGCAUAUCGUGUCAGAUGAGAUCAACACGGCUCUGAACAAUGAGACUGCAGCGGCAACCUUUGUCUCCACGUCAACAUUACCUGCUCCGGUCGCCGGCAGCUCCGAUCUUUCCGUUGAAGAUAAGAUUCAGUCGAGUCAGCCUGCUACAAUGGUGGAACAACAGUUUUUGGAGGAUGACUCUGAUGAGGAGUUAGACAUUGAUAUCGCAAAGGAAGAUGCUUUUCGCCUUCGUUACACCGCGAUCUUACUCAUUCCGAUGGUUUUGUCUCAGGAGAUUAAAGCCAUUAUUGUUGCAGUACGUCUCCUCAUGCAGAAAGUGUGGUGCUCGUCUCUGACUCCGAAUGCCGGUGUUACGGCGAACAUUCAGGAGAUGACUCCUGGUUUUGUGGCCAAGACGCGGUUAUGUCGGCUGCAGAUAUCCUUCCUCGACGAACGCGAUGCUCACCACAUCAAGUUCCAUGUUUUCGAGUACCAGAAGACGAACAGUCCGUCGAUCAAGUGUAUCUGGCAGCACACGGAGGACCUGUCUUACCUAAAGGAGAAGGCUGCUCAUCCUCUCGCUAUUGAAGUACUUUUCAAACGUGUUCCUGCUAACGUGGUCCCGGAUGUGCUGAAGGAUUUGCUGGUCCGUUUCAAGCUGAAGAUGAGGAAGCAGUCAGCUUUCAUGGAAGGCUUCGCCUUCCACCGCGUGGCUCACCCGCUUACCAGAGCAGAUACCGAUGUGAUCAAAGGGCUGGUGGUUCAGCACCCUGCCAUCGCACUUGUCUCCACCGGCAGCAGCCGCGAGGAAUGGAUCUGCACGCAAGUGUGCUGUGGGAAGACGAAGGGGAAAACUUUCAUGGCUGCUGCGGAACACAUUGUCUCCGCGUCCCAUCUGCUGAACCUGGAGAAGCUUGGAACUGCUACCAAAGCCUCGCUGGACAAGCUGAACCUUGCUCAUCUGAAGAAAGACUAUGGACUCUGA